CAAAAACUGACCGUGCUACUGCCCAAAUCCGGCCCGCCCCAGACCCGCGGGCACAGCUAAGCGAUCUCUUUCUCCGUCCUCUUUCUCCGAUUCUCCGCCGCCCCCAGUCCUCUAUCACUGUUCGCCGGUUCUGCCAAAUUAUACCAUCCUUAUUGUGCUUAAAAUUCCUGCUUUUUUUUAGAUAGUUCAUACUUUUCGAACCGGGAAACAUGGAAGGAGUAGAGAAAAUAACACCAGAGAAGCAGGAUAACUCGAUGGGAUCGAGGAGGCAGUUGUCCUGCACCACCUGCUUUGAUGCUCUGUGGUUCUGCUAUUCUCCAGUUCAUCAGAUGCAGCAAUACUACAGGCUUGGGUUUUUUGAUAACUGUUCUGACAAAUGGACAUCUCUUCUUGACUGUUUAAAUCUCAAGACAAAACGAGCUUCCGAGGUUCAGGAAAUCCUCGAAAGCCGAGAGAGAGCCAAAUCUCACAUCUGGACGUUUCGAACCCCAGCAGAAGCAUCGUCGCAUUGGAAAGAACUGUUCGGAGAUUUAGAUGAAAUGGAAUGAACAAUGAUUUCUAUUUCCCCCCUUGAAUUUCCUAGGACUAUUACCCUUCUCUCGCACGGUUGGCCUUCCUCAUCAGACUAGUUUGGCUAGAAAAAUUGUUAUUACUAAGAGAAAUUAUUCGAUGCAGCUAUAUAAGAGAAAUUAUUCGAUGCAGCUAUCACGACGAUGAAGACGUAGCUAUUACACUCGAGAAUAAGAUAUGUCUAUUCAUAAAUUUAGGACAGUUUUGGUCUUUUUAUACUCCUUGAUCUUAAAGUGAUUGUAUUUGACUCAUUUUAGUUGAUUGAGAAUGUUCCUAUCUUUGACCUUUGAUUUUCAA